UAUAUCAUAAAUUUUUUAAGGCAAUUUAUCUCCCUGUUACAUUCCAAUUGAUGCAAAAUUCCCUAAACCAGACCUACCCUAGUGUAAUCAAACUACGUCUCCAAAAUUUCUAAAACCAAGCUGUUAGCGAGGGAAAGCCAAUUUGCUUCAAGGAGCGAGAUCAACGACCCAAGACAUUAAACGAGUCGAAGUUGAAACUCAUGGAUAUAUUAUCUUGGGAUGGAGCCCUUUCGUCAAGUGAAUUUUCUAUUGCUGCUCACGAUUUCAUUGAGAAAUGGAAAAAAUUCAACCCCACUUAUCCUCCAUGGUCAUGGGUUACUUGCAAAAAAAAAUCUUGCGUUGCUUCUCAUGAGGUUGAGAAAUAUUUGUCACUGGAGAACAUUUCCCUUCUCAGUUUACGUGAGGAAGAUCAUGGUGAUGAAAGUCAAAUAGGGGAAGAAGAAAUUAGCUGUUCUAAGGAAGAGGAGCCCAUUGAUUCUGCUACUUUAGUUGAGAGUUUUGAUCGUGAAGUACAUUACUACGACUUUCAUAUAGUGUACAGUGCUUCAUAUAGGGUUCCAGUGCUCUAUUUCCGUGCAUUUUUUAGUGAUGGACAGCCUUUGGUUUUGGAUGAAAUUGAAAAAGAUCUUCCUGCCUGUUCAGCAAAGGUUUUGUUGGAAUCAAAAUGGACGUUCAUAACUCAGGAGGAGCAUCCAUACUUGAACAGGCCAUGGUACAAAUUGCAUCCAUGUGGAACUAGCGAAUGGAUGCUGUUGCUUUUCCUCGGCAAUGCUGCUCCAGAUAAACAGGGAGUAGCGGUUGAUAAAUAUCUGGUCUCUUGGUUCUCAGUUGUUGGGCAGGUAGUUGGUCUUAGGAUCCCAUUUGAAAUGUUGAACGAUAGUAAUCAGCCGUAGCAUUGAGAUGCGUGUUGUACAGACAGAGUUUAACUCUUGUUAAUGAAAUCAGUCUUCAGUAGAGAAAGUUGAAGAAAAUA